AUGAAUCAGAGUCUGACUGGUAUAAGAUCUAGACACAUUGUAUCUUCUUAAUUCAUGAGACCUUACAUUUUAAACAGAGGGGGAAAGAUCCCAUCACAACCAAUUGUGGACCAUGCAUUUCUCCUGCCAGUGAGGACAGUUUUUAUUUUUGCCACAGAAGCAAAUUAGCGAGUGCAUUUUGUGUGGAAUCAGUUAACAGAUUUAGACAAAUGGGGGAAUUUCUCUGGAGCACUCUUGAUUCAGAAAAACAAAUACCAACCAAGGACGAAGGGCUCCAGAUGGAGGCAACAGAAGAAAAGACUUAAAAGCCCCUAUUUCCAUACAGGAAUGAAUAAGAAGAUGCAGUGUCAAGCGAGUACUGGAGAAGCAUCUGCAUAUCUGCUUUGCUGCAGCCUUGGUAUUUCUAAAAGUAAAGAUUGUGUCAGAAGAAAAGGUGUCUUCUUCCGAUUUAUCUCUGCAUGUCUGGCAUUGGACUGAAUGGAUCAGGAUUCUAACUUCCACAAAACCAGUUCAAAAUUGGCUGAAUGCAGAAACUACACUAUAUUCAGCAUCAACAGCUUUCGUCAAUUAUCCUAAUGCGUCAAUGUCCAAAGUUUUGUCAAUAAGCCUUGGUUUUGUUUCCGACUUCUACACAGUUUUUCUCCAAGUACCAGGCAAAAGUGAAGAAUUUUGCAAAGUGACAUAAAAUGCACUUAUCCAGCACAAACCCGAAGUUUCCUGAUGUUAAUGGGAAUUACCAUAAUGUCCAUGAAACAUGUGAACAGUUCAGUCAGCCGAAGAUGUGUAAACAGAGCAGAUAAGAAGAGGAGUUUUAAAAAACGUGGCAAAAAUAAGGAGCUCUGUAAAAUAAAGUUUGCAUGUGGGAAGCUCAGUUCUUUAGACUUACUUUAUUCAACAGAGGGUCUUCUCACCCAGCGACUUCUGACUGCUCAUUUUAGGAAAAUUACUGAACAUGUUGGUAUUUUUCCUUUCCACCUAAAAAAAUAAUAAUUAAACACCCUUGGAACUGUAAGAAAAGUGAAAAAUAUUCCAAGACAGACAUCGAGAGACAAGAUUUAUGGAAAUCUCCCUCUUGAAAAUAAGUUAUUUUCUCAAAGGUGAAAACUACAGAAGUAUGUAAAUUAAAGGAAAAAUCUUUUUGUCAGAUCCAGUUGAAAUCUCCAUACUGGGAACAGAGAGUCCACUGUUGCUAAGGAUUUGGUUCAAAGUAUCCAUCCCCUCAUAUCUGGACGACCAUGCUAAAAAUGUAAUCAACUCUAACAAUAAUAGUGAAAAGCAAAAUCUCCUGAUCCAUAAAAAAUAACCACCCACCCCUUGAAAAGAAGGGCUUCAGUUUUAUUGAAAUGGUCCUUCCGUCAUCCCUCCAAGACCUCCACAGUAAGGAAAGGCACCACUGGGCAAUCCUCUAAGAUGUUUAUUUGGACCAGUGGCCGGACCUCCACAUCUUACAGACAUGACGAGAAAAGACGGUAGAAGAUGAACUACUUCCGGGUGGUACUACUGUGGCCAUUUUAUGGUGGUGCCCAGGCUCAAAGAAAUAUUUACCAAAAAAUCAGGGAUCACGAUCUACUGGACAAAAGGAAAACAGUCACAGCUCUGAAAGCAGGAGAAGAUCGGGCCAUACUUCUAGGACUGACUAUGAUGGUGUGCUCCAUUAUGAUGUACUUCCUCCUGGGAAUUACGCUGCUGCGGUCAUACAUGCAGAGUGUUUGGACAGAAGAGGCUCAGUGCACACUCCUCAAUGCCUCCAUCACAGAAUCAUUUAACUGCUCAUUUAGCUGUGGUCCAGACUGCUGGAAAAUCUCUCAGUACCCCUGCCUUCAGGUGUACGUUAACUUAACUUCUUCUGGGCAAAAGCUCCUACUUUACCAUACUGAAGAGACGAUGAAAAUUAAUUCUGAGUGUUCCUACAUCCCCAAGUGUGGCAAGAACUACGAAGAGUCCCUGUCACUUGUCAGUGUUGUACUGGAAAAUUUCAGGAAGUACCAGCGCUUCUUGUGCUUUUACGACCCAGAAGGCAUUCAGAAGAAUGUGAUAUUAACCAAACUUUACAGUUCCAACGUGCUGUUCCACUCGCUUUUCUGGCCAACAUGCAUGAUGGUUGGUGGGGUUGCCAUCGUUGCCAUGGUAAAGCUGACUCAGUACCUCUCCCUCCUCUGUGAGAGAAUCCAAAGGAUCAACAGAUAAAAGCAAAAGCUUCUCUGAGAUGUAUUUCAGCUAAAAUACUGUUUUUUCAUUCUUCACCAAAGAACCUUAAGUUUGUAACGUGCAAGUCUGUUAUAAGUUCCUUACUAUAUUCUUAUAAGUAGAGCAAUAAUGCAAAAGCUGUUCUAUAUGCAAACAUGAUGUUGUUAUUAUGCAGACAACAGGAAAGAAAUACUGUUUGUGUUGGUUGUCUAUCUGAUCUCAUUUUAUGCUGGAACUAGCACUUCUUUCUUUUCUACAGCCAAAAUAGGGCUCGGUGUGACCAUUUGCCAAGCUUUGUCAAUGAACACAUCAACAUUUCAGUGUAACGUUCUGGGGGAAAUUCACCCCGUGCAGAGGUCUAGCAAAAGGCCUGGGCAUCAUUUAUGUCCCAUUUAAUCCUCAGGGCAUGCAACGAAUGGCUCUGGAGGGAAUGAGGGGAAGAAAAGUAUAGAACCUAUGUCUUUUUAUGGUAAGAGGGAAUAGACUGGAUGUAUACACUACUGACAGCUUAAGUGGGACUUGCAUGUUGCUUGUGCUGGCUCUCCCUGCAAAGGGGAAAAUUUCACCCUCUGGUAUUUUAGGUCUUUUGUAAAACACCUUGGAGAUGGAUAUUUGCAAUAUGUUUUCCUCACAUCACAUCAUCUACAGAAGCUACAGCCAAAAACAAAGAAAAUUCAACCAAUUUCAGUUUCUACUCCAAGCUGAGCACUGAGCCCUAUUGCUGGAGAUGGGACCAGACACCUUAUGUAAAGGUUUAUUACGCAUUUGUCUUGUAUUUGCUACCAUAUCACUGUAAAGAAAAAGAAAAACACAAUCAGCUAUUUUUUCAUUUUUUACUUCCAACUAUUUUAACUUUUUUUACUUGAUUAUAUAGAUAUAUAAAAAGAAAAGGCUACAUAAUAUCUAAUUGUGUAUUGUAACUUGAUUAUGUUUUUUUUUUCCUUUUGACUAACUGGAAACUGAGCAGUAUAACUCCUGUAUUUAUUACAUUCAAACCCUGGAAAAGACCAUAACAUCAAUGAGCAGCAACGUGGGAUCUUAUCCAAUAUUCACACUGACAUUUCAAUCAGAUGGAGGUCUCUCUUACUGUGACAUUUGUAUUGAAAAAAAUCUCCUCCACUUCAUUAGAUCUAUUAAUUGAAUUGUUAUACAAUAAUCAUAAUAUUUCUGGAAAUUAUGAUCGUUAUGCUGUGCUGGCUGAAGUGACUUUCAUUCCAAAAUGUCCAAGUGUAAUAUGAGGUAUUGGAAAAUUUGAGAUGCAAACUAAUAUGUAGUCCUAGCUGUCAUGUAUGUUCCAUGGGGGCUUUACCGAUGUAAUUCCAUGCACACUAUGUGAACAUCUUUGGCAUAAUUUAUUUUUAUUUCCCUAGUCACAACUUUCCAUGUUGUUAUACUCUACAGACAAUCUCAACGUUUUUUACCUUGCACCUAAACUGAAGGACAAAUUUGAGGCAGUCUCUCUGAUUACCCCAUGAACUUACGAUAGAAUAUUUAUAGGAAAUUAUUUACAGGUACAUUCAAAAGAAGGAGAUUCCACUUUUUUCCCUUUUUUUUGCCAAAAAGAUAGCAGAAGGAGAAAAUCCAGAGUCUUCUGUCUAGCUCAUCCAUAUAUCAGUACCUUCUUCCAUGAUGUAGUAUUGAAAACUUUAAGGUGUUACAAGAUUUUACAAAUUGUACAAGUGUAGUCGGAGCUGUAAAAAUAAGUUCACAGCAGUGGAUUUAACCUGCAAUCUUGUAAUCCAUGGUAUGAUUUUUCUUAGGCAAAUAAAUUCCUGGGGGUGGGGGGGUGUAAUCAGGGCUCCAAAAAUAUGUAAUAAAAAUAUUAAAUUAAAUCUUCAGGAUUUCAA